GCCCCCGCGCUACGUCACAUGACGCAGCCCAUCAUGGCGGCGGGAGUGCGGCUGCCCGGGCCCGCCGCUCCGCAGGGCUGCUGCCGUUGCUGCUGUUGAGAGGCGGCGGCGGCGGCGCAGGCGGGCGGGAAGGAUGGUGUUUCUGCGACUGGAGCGGCAGGUGCGGACCGGGAGCCGGACCGAGGUUUGGCAGAAGCAGCGUGUGCUCGGGAGCAACCGGCGCGGGUGCCACUGAGGCAGCGGAGGGAGGCAGGAUCGACUGACGGGCGAACGGACGGACGGACGGAAGGCGACUCGAGAGCCGGCCCCGGAGCCGCGCCGUGGGCGAGAUGCCGGGGCCGCCGGCGUUGCGGCGGAGGCUGCUGCUGCUGCUGCUGUUGGUCCUCCUGAUCGCCGGCAGUGCUGGGGCCGCGCCACUUCCGCAAACAGGUGCAGGGGAGGUGCCACCUGCUGCAGAAGUUUCCUCAUCUUUUGUGAUCCUGUGUGUGUGCAGUUUAAUAAUAUUAAUAGUGUUAAUUGCAAACUGUGUAUCCUGCUGUAAGGACCCAGAAAUAGACUUUAAGGAAUUUGAAGAUAAUUUUGAUGAUGAGAUAGAUUUCACACCACCAGCAGAAGAUACUCCCUCUGUUCAGUCCCCAGCAGAGGUCUUCACACUUUCAGUACCAAAUAUUUCACUCCCAGCUCCCUCGCAAUUCCAGCCUUCUGUAGAGGGAUUGAAGUCUCAAGUUGCCCGCCACAGUCUAAACUACAUACAGGAAAUUGGAAAUGGCUGGUUUGGAAAGGUUCUCUUGGGAGAGAUUUACACGGGCACUAGCGUAGCAAGAGUCAUCGUGAAGGAGUUAAAAGCAAGUGCCAGCCCAAAGGAACAAGAUACUUUUUUGAAAAAUGGAGAACCUUACUACAUUCUUCAGCAUCCAAAUAUUCUUCAGUGUGUUGGACAGUGCGUAGAAGCGAUCCCCUACCUCCUGGUGUUUGAGUUCUGUGACUUGGGUGACCUGAAGGCGUAUCUGCGCAGCGAGCAGGAGCACAUGCGGGGGGACUCACAGACCAUGCUGCUGCAGAGGAUGGCGUGCGAGGUUGCCGCGGGGCUGGCCGCCAUGCACAAGCUGCACUUCCUGCACAGUGAUUUAGCCCUGCGGAAUUGUUUUCUCACCUCCGACUUAAAUGUGAAAGUGGGAGAUUACGGAAUAGGAUUCAGCAGGUACAAGGAGGAUUAUAUUGAAACAGAUGAUAAAAAAGUUUUCCCUCUGCGAUGGACUGCUCCAGAAUUAGUAACCAGCUUUCAAGACAGACUGCUAACUGCAGAUCAGACUAAGUAUAGUAAUAUCUGGUCCCUGGGCGUGACACUUUGGGAGCUUUUUGACAAUGCCGCACAGCCGUAUUCAAACCUUUCCAACUUAGACGUCCUCAACCAAGUCAUUAGAGAGAGAGACACAAAACUCCCGAAGCCCCAGCUGGAGCAGCCCUACUCUGAUAGAUGGUAUGAAGUCUUACAGUUCUGUUGGCUGUCACCAGAAAAGAGACCCGCGGCUGAAGAUGUGCACAGGCUGCUGACUUACCUGCGGCUGCAGAGCCAGCGGGACUCAGAGGUCGACUUUGAACAGCAGUGGAACGCUCUGAAGCCAAACACAAACAGCAGAGACUCCUCCAACAAUGCUGCAUUCCCAAUUCUCGACCACUUUGCCAGGGACCGGCUGGGUCGUGAAAUGGAGGAAGUCCUCACCGUGACCGAAACCAGUCAGGGCCUGAGCUUCGAGUAUGUCUGGGAGGCCGCUAAGCACGACCACUUUGACGAGCGCAGCCGGGGCCACCUGGACGAAGCCUUGUCCUACACGAGCAUCUUCUAUCCAGUUGAAGUUUUUGAGAGUUCGCUUUCAGAUCCCGGUCCUGGAAAGCAAGAUGACAGCAGCCAGGAUGUCCCCCUGAGGGUCCCUGGAGUGGUUCCUGUUUUUGAUGCCCACAACCUUUCUGUUGGAAGCGACUAUUAUAUCCAGUUAGAAGAAAAAAGUGGUAGUAACUUGGAGCUUGAUUACCCACCAGCGCUGCUCACAACCGACAUGGAUAAUCCAGAAAGGACUGGCCCUGAACCGUCCCAGCUCACGGCGCUCAGGAGCGUUGAACUUGAGGAGUCCAGUACGGAUGAGGACUUCUUCCAAAGCAGUACAGACCCCAAAGACUCUAGCUUACCAGGGGACUUACACGUGACCAGUGGCCCCGAGAGCCCUUUCAACAAUAUAUUUAAUGAUCUGGACAAAUCGGAAGAUUUGCCCAGUCACCAAAAAAUAUUCGACUUAAUGGAAUUAAACGGAGUUCAAGCCGACUUUAAACCUGCCACUUUAAGUUCCAGUUUGGAUAACCCCAAAGAGUCAGUCAUAACGGGCCACUUUGAGAAAGAAAAGCCCCGUAAGCUUUUUGACAGUGAGCCUCUCUGCCUAUCAGAUAAUCUUAUGCACCAAGAUAAUUUUGAUCCAUUGAAUGUUCAAGAAUUGUCAGAAAACUUUUUAUUUCUUCAAGAGAAAAACUUACUAAAAGGCUCAUUGUCCAGCAAAGAACACAUAAAUGAUCUUCAGACAGAACUUAAGAAUGCUGGUUUUACUGAAGCUAUGUUAGAAACGUCAUGUAGAAACUCUUUAGAUACUGAGCUUCAGUUUGCUGAAAAUAAGCCAGGCUUGUCUUUGUUGCAGGAAAACAUAAGCACAAAGGGUGACGAUACAGAUGUCAUGCUCACAGGUGACACUUUGAGCACCUCAUUGCAGUCUUCCCCGGAAGUGCAGGUACCUCCUACCUCCUUCAAAACAGAAGAAACGCCCCAUCGGGUACCCCCAGACUCACUCCCAACACAGGGAGAAACCCAGCCCACGUGUUUAGAUGUUAUUGUCCCGGAGGACUGUCUCUGCCAGGACAUCAGUCCAGACGCUGUGACUGUCCCGGUUGAAAUUCUCUUGACCGAUGCCAGAACCCACAGCCUGGAUGACAGGUCCCAGGACUCUCCUGGUGAGAGUGAGGAGACCCUGCGACUCACCGAAAGUGACUCUGUUCUUGCUGAUGACAUCCUUGCCAGCAGGGUGAGUGUAGGGAGUAGUCUCCCGGAACCGGGACAGGAAUUACACAAUAAACCAUUUUCAGAAGACCAUCACAGUCAUCGCCGGCUAGAGAAAAACUUAGAGGCUGUGGAGACUUUAAAUCAGCUCAAUUCUAAAGACGCAGCAAAAGAAGCAGGCUUGGUGUCUGCCCUCUCCUCGGACUCAACCAGUCAGGACAGCCUCCUGGAGGACAGCUUGUCAGCACCCUUCCCAGCCUCUGAGCCGUCCCUGGAAACCCCGGACUCUCUGGAGUCAGUGGAUGUCCACGAAGCGCUACUGGACUCUUUAGGAUCUCACACUCCCCAGAAACUAGUGCCCCCCGAUAAGCCGGCAGACAGCGGCUAUGAAACAGAGAACUUGGAGUCCCCCGAGUGGACCUUGCAUCCUGCUCCCGAGGGCACCGCAGACUCAGAACCAGCCACCACGGGCGAUGGCGGCCAUAGCAGUCUGCCUCCCAACCCGGUCAUUGUCAUCUCAGAUGCCGGCGAUGGUCACAGAGGCACAGAAGUGACCCCUCAGACGUUCACAGCUGGCUCCCAGGGUUCAUACCGAGACUCUGCGUACUUCUCAGACAAUGACUCUGAGCCCGAGAAAAGGUCUGAGGAGGUCCCGGGAACCUCCCCAUCCGCCUUGGUGUUGGUACAGGAGCAGCCCCUACCCGAGCCAGUCCUCCCCGAGCAAAGUCCUGCUGCCCAGGAUAGCUGCCUGGAAGCCAGAAAGAGCCAGCCAGAUGAAAGUUGUCUGUCUGCUUUGCACAACUCCAGUGACCUGGAAUUAAGAGCCACGCCGGAGCCAGCACAGACUGGUGUUCCCCAGCAGGUGCAUCCCACGGAAGAUGAGGCCAGCAGUCCCUGGAGUGUGCUGAACGCAGAACUUAGCAGCGGCGAUGACUUCGAGACACAGGACGAUCGCCCCUGCACCCUCGCUUCCACAGGGACCAACACGAACGAACUCCUUGCCUACACCAAUUCUGCGCUGGACAAGUCCCUGUCCAGCCACUCCGAGGGCCCGAAGUUGAAGGAGCCGGACAUCGAAGGGAAGUACCUGGGGAAACUCGGGGUGUCAGGGAUGCUCGACCUCUCGGAGGACGGGAUGGAUGCGGACGAGGAGGACGAAAACAGCGACGACUCGGACGAGGACCUGCGGGCCUUCAACCUGCAUAGCCUCAGCUCCGAGUCGGAGGACGAGACCGAGCACCCCGUGCCCAUCAUCCUCAGCAACGAGGACGGAAGGCACCUGCGGAGUCUGUUGAAGCCCACAGCGGCCGAUGCCCCCGACCCGCUGCCCGAGGACUGGAAGAAGGAAAAGAAGGCAGUCACGUUUUUCGAUGAUGUCACAGUCUACCUGUUUGACCAGGAGACCCCAACCAAAGAGCUGGGGCCCUGUGGAGGAGAGGCGUGCGGCCCAGACCUGAGCGGCCCAGCCCCGGCCUCAGGCUCUCCCUACCUGAGCAGGUGCAUCAACUCCGAAAGCUCCACCGACGAAGAAGGUGGCGGCUUUGAGUGGGAUGAUGACUUCUCCCCAGAUCCUUUUAUGUCAAAGACAACAAGUAACCUGCUCAGCUCCAAGCCUUCUCUCCAAACAUCCAAGUACUUUUCUCCGCCGCCACCGGCCCGGAGCACGGAGCAGAGCUGGCCGCACUCGGCGCCUUACUCCCGGUUCUCCAUCUCUCCCGCCAACAUUGCCAGCUUUUCCCUCACACACCUGACCGACUCGGACAUCGAGCAGGGCGGAAGCAGCGAAGACGGAGAAAAGGACUAGGUGGCUGCCAGCGCGCACGCUCGGGUCCGAGGCUGCUCCCCUGGAGCGGCGCCCCUGCGCCCUCAGCCCGAGCAGCGACAUCCACUCGCCAUUUGCUGACAUGAGAUUGGGAGGAAGAAUCCAGAGGUGAAGAGGGAGACGGCUCUGAGCUGCGUUCAAGGCGGGGCCCUCGGGAGCCCAGGUGCGGAGUGAGGCCAUGUCCAGGAGCCGGCGUCCCUCAGUGCCCCGUGCGCCCGCGGCCGCGGCCUCCCAGGCAGUGCUCAUGCGCUGGCCGUCGGGGGAGGCAGGGGCACAGCCUCCAUGUGCGCGCGCGUGUGGAGCUGUGUGCACCGCAUGUGUGCUUUCCACAGGGGCGUCUCUGCGUCCACGCCUGCACAUCCCGGCACACGUGUGGGCACCACAGAGGACAUGUGAGGGGAAUGGUCACCAGUGAGCCAUAUUUAUUAUUUCUAGAGAAAUCACGAACUGCUUUCUGUAAUUGCACUGUGGAUAAAUGUUCCGAGAGUCUCCAUUGUUGUACAGGAUCUUCAAUUAUUCGAGGAGAAUGAGGCAGGUCAAGCCGAUGCUAGCCACUAGUUUGAUUUUUUUUCUGUUUUAUAGUUUGCGCUGCAUGGUACUUGUGAAGCUUAAAUAUUUUGAGUGUUCUACUGUGUCUAGGAUUGUUGGGAUUGUACAUAUGGUACUCUUUCAUAAAUGAUAAAUGAUUCUGAAUGUUAGUGUUUUAUGUUCAUAUAGGAAAUAUUUUCAUUGAGUCCAAAAUACCACUGUUUUGUUGAUGGAAUUGAAUGCAUUUUUGUCUCUUCUUGAUGAAGCGGCUUUGCCGCAGCAAAUGAGGCUUCUCUCUGAGGAGCUGAGAGGUCUUGCAGCCUCUCCUUGUCAUUCUCCCACCCCACAUCCCAUUUUUUAAAGCCCUUUUGGUAAAAACCGACAGGUUGUGGCCGCAGACCUCAGAUGGACCCGGCCCAUCCCUGGGGACGUGCUGGCGUGGCAGGUCCAGAGAGCUGCACCCUGCACGGGGUACCGCACCGCUUCCCUCCGCGCAGCUCUUCUGCCUGGUUUUCGGAGGCCAGGCUGCUGGGAAGCUUCCGUGUUCCCAUCAGUCCUUCCUUCAAGAAGCCGGGGAACUCAGGCAGACUCAUCUCCGCAGAGCACACCAGCCGUGGGGGACCGUUCGACUUGAUGAUGUGUGCACACUUCAGGUGGUGGGGACUUGAGCUUUAAAAAAACCUCCACAGCCGAAUCUUCUCCUCCCAGCCACUCCACGUCACGUCCAGCUGGGCCUGGCCAGUCUGUGGUUAUCCGUGUGGGAUGAGAUAACACCACAUCCUGCAGCUGUGAAGGGGGAUGGACAAGGGACGACGGCAGAGCAUCAGCAGCCGACACAUAGUUCGGGUCGGGGCCUUGGGUGGUCCUGCAUGGCCCGGGACUCAUCUCACGGACCCUCCGUUCUGCAUUAAGCCCCAGGUUCUCUUCUGGCUUUGAAAGGGCCCGAGUGCUCCCAGUGUAGCUUCGUCACAUCGGCACGAGCCCCUGUGGUCAUGGGCGACCUCACACCUCCCUCCCUGAGUUCUGCUCUGACAUAAGGAAGUCCCCGGUGGCUGGUGCAGCGCGGCUGUGCUGUGUUGGGGAGGCAGCCGUUCCUUCGGGGGUCCUCGGGCCUGCAGUCCCCUCAUACUCACCCUUCACCCCACAUAUUUUCCGGUGCUGAUAUGUUUCCAGAUUCCAGCGCAACCUGGGGUGCUCUCCAGACCCGUGCAGGGGCCGCCUGGGGUACACGGAAGGAAGUUGGGUCCUAGUGCAAAAUGCAGGCGGACGUUGCCAGAGAGUGCGCAGCAAAUGACCUUCAUUGCCAGUUCCACCCCACUCCUCUCAUUUUUUAUACUAAGCAAUAACUUUCCAAAGCAAGAAGUUCAGGAUGGAGAGAGUCCCCUCCUGUGUAGGCAUGGGGUGGACGCGGUGCCCACCUGGGCUGUGUGGGGAGCACCACUGUCUCUCGGGAUGCGCGAAUUUUUUUUUUUUUUUUUAAAUUAACAGGGCAUUAGAAGAUGAUUUUGCCAAAAUUGUCAUGACUCUGAAUUCUUGCUGUGGGGACUUCCUGAGUUUUCUCAGUUUUUACAUCUAAGAUUAGUCUUGGCUGAGGAGAAAUGAGACGUGAUUAUGCUACUUUUUCAAUUGCAGGUUUAAGGAGUUCAGAUUUAAUGACCAAAGUCACGCAGAUCAUGGGAUCUGUCGUCUUCUUAUACAGUGUCAGCCUUGAGUACAUUUAUUGACCUUUUGGGGCUGUCAGUUUUCCACUAGGAUUAAGAUUUUGGCCGGGCACGGUGGCUCACGCCUGCAAUGCCAACACAUUGGGGGGUCGAGGCGGACGGAUCACUUUGAGCCCAGGAGUUCAAGACCAGCCUGGGCAACAUGGCGAAACCUCGUCUCUACUAAAAAUACAAAAUAUAUAUAUAUAUAUAUAUAUAUAUAUACUAGCUGGGGCACAUAGUGGUGUGCACCUGUAGUCCCAGCUGCCUGGGAGGCUGAGGUGGGAGGAUGGCUAGAGCCCAGGAGAUGGGUGUUGCAGUGAGCUGAGACCAUGCCACUGUACUCUAGCCUGGGUAACAGCCAGACCCUGUCUCAAAAAAAAAAAACAAUUUUUUUCAUAACAUAAUUCCCAUUUUUAUUUAUUUUGAGUCACUCAUAAUUAAUUGCCAAAAAAGCAUUUUAUACAUUGAGUUGGGGGGUAGUGGAUCUUAGUGUGGUGUUGCAUGGAGGGGCGAGAUUUUAUAUUUAUAAUCAACACGUGGGUUAACAUGUUUUUUUGAAAUCCAAGCAAUACACAGGAAAUUUAAGUAGAAUAAAAAUUGCAGCCCAUUUUUGAAAUGUCAGCAUGUGCUGUGUUCAGUUCAGGUUUUUGUUGUUUGUUUUGUUAUUUUUUAACUAAUAAGUUGGUUAUCAGUGGUGGGUUUUCAAAAUGUACUUGUUCUAAUAAGUUGUGCGAUGAAAUAAAUCAGUGGCAUUCUCUAGAUAAUGUGGGGGAAGGUUAGAAUAUUUUCUGGCCUUCUAUGGGGUAGCAACCCAGAAUCAAUCUGAAUUAGUCGUAUUUUGGUGGAGUUUGUACAUUUUAAAUCCUGUGACAAAAAUAAUCUAGUUUUCAUUUCCUUACUAGCUAGAUGCGAAUUUGUCUUUUCGAAUGACCCUGUCAAUAAGCCAGAAAGGGCAACCCAGAAAAAGUGCUCCCCAAAUCCUUCUGAGACUUGGCCUGUGUGUGUGGACGAGAAGCCAUUCACCGUAAGGGUGCAGAAAGCUCGACCAAGCCGAAUUGCAAACAACGUUCGUUCUAUUUUUAAAUGUACAGGUUCGAUCGUUUCUAUAGAAAUGGGUUUAUCUAAGAAAAGUCUUGAUUUGUCUUGCUGCUGUAAAAGUCCUUUCCAAACCCCUCCUUUUAUUCCUGUUUCCCGAAAUAGGGUAUUUGUAGAGUUAAGGACCUACUGCAUGUCUGUCCCCAGGGCCCCGGUGGAAGGAAGGCAGCGCCUGCUCUUCCUUGACUCAGCCCAUCAUCUGAAAAUUCAGAAGUGAACCAAGGGUUAGACGCCAAAGGUUGGGCUUCUGUUAGAGUGGCUUCAAAACAUGAGCCUUAUGGGAAGUAGCCUUAAAAAAAGAAUGGGUAUACGCAGUGACUUCCGAUGGAAAUCUCCAAAACAAUAUUCCUAAGUAGCAAUGGGGUUGGCUCAAGUCUUUAUUAACAAAGAACAUUCUCUUUCAUCUAUAAAGAAAUUCUUAAAGAUGCGUUGAAAGUGUUGAAUUACCAAUAGCCUGUGAAGAUCAGUUUGACCGGCGUGGACACGUGCUGGUUAAGCGCUCAGGCCUACGUGGGCCGAGAGGGAUCUUGAUCAUGGGGUUGGUGUAUGGAUCCACCGUCGGAUUCCGUCUGCAGAGGAGGACGUAGGGGGCCGUCACACCCACCAGGCCUCCCUGCUGUGCUUUAACACAGGCAGAAGAGGUUCAUGGCAAUAUAACAGUCAAUGAACUUUCAGUUUAAAUUGUGUACAUUUUUAAAUUGUAAGAUUUUUACUGUAUAUUGAUGCAUAGUGUGAUUCAAUAAAUUGCUUGUAAUUUAAAAACUAUUUAAUAUUCAAAAUAAAUAUAGUUAUAUAUUUAUAAACUCUG